AUGGCUGCGACUGCUCCUUCCUUCGAUGGCUGCGGCGUGCGCGUGGCGCAGAACCCCGUCAAGGGCAAGGUCGUCUUCAGCGAACGCGCCUUCCAGCCUGGCCAGGUGAUCUUCAGCGAGCAGGCGUUCGUGGCGGCUCCGUGGAGCACGGACCUAUGUGGAGGAUGCGAAGAGCUCCGUUCGGCCGCCACUGGCGCCCCCAGCAGCGCGACGAUGGACUCCCGCCAUCGCUGCCAUUGCGAGCGCACGGGCGCGCCCAAGAUUAUGUACUCGCCGCGGCUGCAGGACAACGUGGGACGGCGUAAUGUCGUGGUGAGCAUCAUGAAGAGCGUCGACGGCAUCGAGGAGGUGGACCGCGCGCGCUGCAUCCUCAAGUGCUUGGCCUUGUACGAGCGCGACGCACGCUCGCUGGACGAAGUGCUGGGCUUGACCUGCGCCGGGCAGCAGCGAGCUAUGAGCGCGGCCUUGCAACUGCGUCGGCAGUUGCCCGACAUCUUCCCCGCGGGCUUCUCGGACGAGCAGAUGGCCACGCUCAUCGGCGUGUUGAACACCAACUCGCACGAGCUCGAGAACCUGGGAGGCUCGGGGCUGUUCCUGUCGGCCUGCCGCAUGGAGCACAGCUGCCUGCCCAACUGCAGCUUCACGACGUUUGACUCCACGCUGUGGAUGACGGCGAUCCGCCCCAUCGCGCCUGGCGACGCGCUGUCCAUCGACUACGGCAACUUCUUCUACCGCCCCACGCCUGAGCGCCAGGAGUCUCUGCUCGAGUCGUACGGGUUUGUCUGCACGUGCGAAGCGUGCGUCUCGAUGCCGGACCCCACGCGUGCCGUCCGCUGCUUGUCGGGGAACUGCCCGCAGGGCGUCAUGCUGCCGUGCCCCAUUCGGACCAACGCCCCCAGCAGCAGCAUUGGACCGAACCAACUGCAGUUCGAGUGGCGCUGUCAGACGUGCGGCAAGGUCGCUGACGCCGCGGAGCACACGCGGAUCUUGGCGGCGGAGCAGGAUCUGAUGGAGAACGGGUUCCCCGAAAGCCUGGAGGAGGUGGACGCUGUGGUACGCCGCGGCGUGCUGCACGAGCGUCACUAUCUGCUGUUCUGGGCGCUGGACAACAUCGGCUGCGAGGCCGCCGCCACCACCGCCUUCCAGGCAGAGGCGCAGAUGGCGCAGCACCGCCGCGCGCUGGCGCAGGUCUGGGAGCGCAUCAUCGCGUACAUGAACGUUGUGGUGCCGACGGCCCACCACGAGAAGACCAUCUACUACGACAACUUGGCGCAGGUUCAGGUGGUGCUCGGGGAUCUCGGCGCUGCCAGCCAAGCUUACGCGCGCGCGUACGAGAUUUCGUGCGUGGUCAGCGGCACUGACUGCUCGCCGACGCGCAAGCUGCAGCGCCUGAUGGAGAAGCCCCCGCAGACGGCGGAGGAGCUGCGGCAGAUGUAUGCGGCGGAGGCCCAGCACCGCCGACGCCCUGUGAGCGAGGCCGACGAUGAAGACAUGAGCGACUGA